AUGCCCUCCAAAUCAUCCAAGCCAAAAACAAAGUCGAAACAGAAACAAUAUUUCUCAACACUAGCGGUCAGGAUAAAACUGGGAUCCUACAUCAAAGUUCCUCUAAUUCAUGAUGUGCUGAUGAUGGACAAGCUAACUACUCAAGAGCUGAAUCAACUAGUCCUUGAGGAGCCCGCGAGUCAUAUCAAACGAAGCGCCCCCCUUGGGCAUCUUCUAUCCAUCAUUUUUCAAUCCUUCAAGGUGAAAGCCCCUCGUGCAGAGGAUCUUCGGAUCCCUCUCUCUCAGAUUCAAUAUUGUAACGAGCGGAUUGAUAAUCAGUUUUGUCGACUUCAACCGAAAGACUCUGUGGAGCUUUGGGAUAGCAAGGUGAAGAUGUGGAACUGGGGGCUGCCGGAUCCGCCUCCAAAACAGCGCAAAAAUAAAAAGGGUAAAAAAUACGAGGAGGGACAGCUGAGGGGGGGGGGGGGGGGGAGUCAGGUGCCCAGAGGCAGUGCUUCCCAUUCUACUAGUAACUUGACUACUGAGCACGUAGUUGCAGGGCUUUUGAACGCCCUCACGGCGGCACUUUCUGAACACAGUGGACUCAAAACUAAGCAAGCAAAUUGUAUAUGGAGUGGGGCCCACUCAACCACCCCAAUCAAGGGAGAAGACAUCCCCCGCAAACCUGACAUUGUUAUGUCAGAUGAACCAGACCCUGGGUGGGCAGGCAUCAAGGUCGUCGCUGAGGUAACGAGCAGCAAGUACCGGCCAGGGAAGUGUGCCGCAAAAUCCCUUGAUACCAAGGCGUAUAUCAUUUUGAAGCACCAGCCCUGGAGGCGCUUCACUCUGAUGCUAUCUUUAUGCAACCACUAUCAGCCGUAG